CGGUGCAGUCGCGCGAAAAGCCCGGUUCCGUGCUAAUUAAGAUAGCGCGCGGGAUGCCGUGAAACGUUCCCGUCGAUAAAGUUCCGCGAGCCGAAUGGCUCGCCGAUUUCGCGCUCUCUUCUCCCGGCCGCGUGCUGGAAGUCCUUAAAUAGUGCUAUCGCGUAUCCAAACGCGGACAGACGCCCGAGUCCGGGAAGAUAAGGGAAGAGGAAGAACGCACACACAAGCUGCAAGAGCGAUCCGCGUUCUCGGCGAGACCGCAAGCCGAAAAAUCGGCGAUUCAGGAUCUUAGCAUCACUCGGGUGUUGUGAAGACCUAACGAGAGAGACCGGCCGCGACCGUGAACAGCGAACAGGAGUUUCCCGUUAUCGAAUCUUGCGGAAGACGAGGAGAAAAAGAAGCGAUUCAUCCGUUCGAUGAGAUUUUGCAAAUCUCAUGAUUUCUUGGAGCUCCUCACGAGACGAAUUGCACGAUAAAUAUAUAAUAGAUAAACAACAAUUUUUUGGGAUCUUCGCUGUUUUCGGUAAGGAAAAAAACUGAGAAAUUGAAAGAGAAGAAAAUGGUAUACCGAGGCAGUUUACAGACGGACGAUCCUAGGGAUGCACCGAAACUGGUGAGGGUGUCUCCUCUGCGUAGCAGCAGAUCUGUUAAUCCCAGUUCAAAUUCGCGAGCCAUUACAUCCGUCAAGAGCCCAAUUUAUCAUAACUCACUCGCGACGUCAAUCGACGCCAAUCGAGCGAGGUUGAUCGAGGAGAGGCGAUUAGGACGUGAGCGGGAUAUUGAAUCGGUCGAGAAGGUAAUUAUGAGGACCACCGGUAUAAAGAUCGGCGCACCCAAGCUGCGCAAUAUCAGUCAGAUUCGCGAAACCGUUUUCUUAGAUCAAUCGCUAACACCGAUUGACAAGAUUGGCAAACUAGACUCGAAAAACCGACCACGCAGCGUUGUUGCUGGUCUCGAGGAUGGCAACGUUAGGAUAUCGAGGACUCACAAUUCUCUGUUGGCGGAUCUGAGAGACUUGGAAAGGCUGAGGAACACUCCACCAACGCAGCGGAGUCACAGGAAUCCUUCACAGAAAACAGAAUUGAUGGUAGCGAUCUCAAGUAAAAGGAACGACGCACCGACCUCAGCCAAGAUCCGAUCGGAUAUCUUCAAGAUCCAGCAGAUGUUUCAAUCGGCGGAUUCUUCAUCCAGAACAGUGAUUAAGAAUAGCAACGACAAAAAGAUCAGAAGCGAGAAAGAGGAAAGAAAGCCCGGAGUGGAGAUCAACAGGACUCGGUUACUGGCGCAGAAGCUUUUAGAGGCGUCGAGAAACAAUCGGGAAUCGUUGAAGGAUCGGUAUAACAAUCCGAAGAAUGUGUCUAAUAAGAUAUCGAGUAAGAAUACAAAUGGAAAAGCAUUGGAUAAGAUCCUUUAUGAGAUUCCGGAGAAAGACUUGAGAGACAAGCAAAAGCAGAGGGAAGACGCAAAUUGGGAGGAUCAGCCACGUCCUCCCGCUCGUAGGAGAAGAAACUCAAAGAAUUAUCAGGAUUGGAGGGACGCAGAUUACGUCGCGAAUAGACGAAGCGAGUCAGACGACCGAGGAGUCCGUAAUCUCGAUCGCGGAGAGAACUCAUCGAACAGAAGAAUAAGCGCCGACAAGAAUUCUAAGACCAGUUCUAAUCUGGAAAGACCGGAUAUUUUAGACGGGCUCUUGAGGGAAUCCGAUAGGCAGCUGGCGAACCUGAAGAACGAUCUCGGCGAGAGAGAUCGAUCGCGCAGUCACUGGCGAGGAUUCGUGCAAUCCAUGAGGCUGCAUGACGUGGAGCUCCAUUCCGACAGCGAGGAUCAGCGGAAGGACUUGAACCUGUGGAACAAGAGCAUCAGUCAGCGCUGGCGGAAGCUGCGGCGAAGAUGCUCCGUACAAGAGUCGUCGGAGCCGCAGGAAGCGCUGAUACAGGGUGGCGGGAAUCACGGUGUUAUACACGCAGUGAGAUCAACGCCGACCAGCAGAGAAGCCUCGCCGGCUGCGAAAAGUCUUCAGGAUAGUAACUCGCCGAAGAAACUGCUACAAACUAGCUCUCUGAGGUUGCCAGGCACGACAAAGGGUAUAGCCGACAUCCAACAUGUGCUUCGUAGCAAGUUCAGUAAGAUAAACGCUGGCAUCAGGAAGCGAAAGGCGCUGAGUGUAACGGAGGUGUUUCCCCCACAGAAGGACAAUGCUUCGAAUUUCUAUGUACCGAGUCCCCUAACUUCGUCUACCAGUCAGACCUUCGAAGACAAUCGUUACGAUUCGAGCGAGCCCGCGUCCUUGCCACCGUAUCCCUUUCACGAUAACCUGGAGACUCUGGCAGAGAGCAGCGUCCCGAAUUCACCCCAUUGCAACGGCAACACCUUUGGUUACUCCCAGGACAGUUACGAGCAAAAAGACAUUCUUUACGAGAACGUGGCGUUCCCGAGGUUGUCGCCAUCGUCCUGUUGUCCAAGAACCCGGCCUGUUCUCCAACGCAGUAACUCGGAGAACCGUGAGACCAGCAUGCACGAUCACUCUUACGAGAACAUGCGUUUUCAACGAGUCAGUGCUCAACGAGACGAUCUGGCUUUGGGAAGUCCUUAUUCAGGUCGACACUUAGCAAGGAGCAACUCUGAGACAAGAGAUCAUUCAUAUGAAAAUAUACACUUCCAGAGCGCAAAAAUAAGAAAUCAGUCGGAGCCGUCGUUUGAGGAGAUACACAUACCCAGAGUGACGCCCCGAAAAAAGUCCACUGACUUUAAGGUCGGCGGACAAGUAAAUAAUUACUCAGGUGAGGCCACAUUGAGCUCAGUUAAUGGUAACAAGGAGGAUGCACCAGCCAGUUUGGGUAUGGAGAAAAGUUCUGGUAAGAGAAAUCCAAGGAGGAUCAACAGUAGAAGUGUCGCAAAUAUCCCUAGCUCUUCGGGUGCAAACUUGAAGACUUGGCAAGGUACUCAAGAUGCGGAUGAAGGUCUGAAUACUGAUUCAGAACUUGAAGACAUCGACGAAACCGCCGAAGGAGAGGAGUCUCGUUUUUGUACUUUGCCAAGACCAAGUAAAGGCGGUGCAUCUUUUACGAUACUGACCGCCAGAUUUCUCAAGGGUCCUGGGCACAAGGGACUUGGCUUCAGUAUCGUCGGCGGUACCGACAGUCCUCGCGGAAACAUGGGGAUCUAUGUGAAAACUGUUUUUCCCAAUGGUCAAGCUGCUGACUUAGGCACUGUCAAGGAAGGGGACGAAAUUUUGUCAAUAAAUUCGAAACCUCUUCACGGUAUGACCCACGCCGAGGCAAUCGCCGAAUUCAAGUCUGUGAAGGCUGGGGACGUUGUCCUACACGUGGGACGUCGCGUGAAUAGGAAGAAGAAAGAAACCUUGAGUCUGGCACCGGUUAAUACCUCCGUCCCGAGGCAACCCGUCACGUGAAUUCAUAAAAAACGUCAUAAUAAUUUUUUAUUUACUGAAGU